UGAGCCGUCACUUGCUUGCUCGCCUUUCCACAGUGAGAGAGAGGAAGCAAUCGUCUUGUGGUUCCUGGGUUCUAAGAAAAAACAGCGGAGAAAAUGAAAGCUUCGGUAGAAGUAAGAUUGUUGUGAUAUUCUCGCAAAAAGUGCAUCGUGUAUCAUGAAGAGUUCGCUUUUAAUACUCCAGGUCAUUUACACAGACAUUCAAAGUGUCACAGCCGAACAUCAAACUAUGGGUAUUUCGCCAUAAACAUAUAGGCCACUUCAAAGACGAUACAAAGGAGAGCGAGUGCCUCGCGCUUCAUAAAGCGAAACACACCGUGUAGGCAGAAAUGGAGACUGUAAGAAGGAUUCUUGUUCAUCUGUCCAAGGAGAACUCCCUGCCACAGUGUGCUCGAUUCGUCCAGAGUAUCACUGGUCAUUUUAAUGGCAGUCAUAAUGACAGUGUUACUGUGAACUGUGUACUAGAGAAUAAUAAGUUCAUCUUAUCAGAUCAUGAAGUUGAAGGAAACCCAGGGCUAAUCCUAAAGCGGGCUCAUUUUUGUCCUAUAAAACACCUCUCAGAGAGUGAAGCCAGUAUACUUCCAGUGGAUAUCCGUGAUCGUGGAGUAGAUGUGGGUGUGGCCAUACUACUACAAUCGGCCAAUGAGAAAAUUCUCCUGACAAGACGGGCAGCUAAUCUAGCUAUCUUUCCAAAUGUCUGGGUACCCCCAGGUGGCCAUGUGGAGCUUGGAGAAAAGCUUCUGGAUGCUGGAAUGAGAGAACUUCAGGAGGAAACGGGCAUCACCCUGGGCCCAGAAGAAUAUUCUUCCCAAAUGCUAGGACUGUGGGAGUCUGUGUUUCCUCCAAUGCUGAGCCGAGGAUUGCCAUGCCGCCAUCAUAUUGUCUCAUACGUUCUAAUACAAAGCACACAAACCCAUCAUGAGUUACAGGAGAGAUUACGCCCAAAUCCUCAGGAGGUCAGUGCCUGUGUUUGGGUUGGUCCUGCUGUUGUGCAAGCCAUUGUCUCAUCAAUUGACGGUGAAGAUGAUUGUGGAAGAGUGCCAGAUGACCUCCCAGAAACUGUGAGGAUAUCAGAGGUCAUGAAGGAUGGUGUUUUGCAUCCAACCAGUUUGCCUCUUUCUGUGCUCAUAAAUAAAGCAACAACACAAGGACCAGACGUUGAGAGGGUUAGUACUGGUACAAAGUUUGCCCUGGAACUAUGGCUGAAGACUCUAGUGAUCGCACAGAGGAGUGACAGAAAUCAAAAUGAAAAAGGUGCUAACCCUGUCCAAUAGAGAAUGAGAAAAAAACAUAUUUAAAGUGUAUUGCUUCUUAAAAGUUGAGAACCAAAAUGAGAAAUAUUAACCGUACAGAGGGCAUGAAACUGAAGAUUGAUCCUCUCUGAUAUUUCACUGCAAAUAACUUGUCUUUGUGAACAAUUGUUAAAUACUGGUAAAGUUUUAUUAUGCCUUUUUAUAGGCCUCUAACUCCUUUUCUAGUGUUAUUUACUGUUUACAGUCACCAUGACAAAACCAAACCUGAGGUUAUCAGACAGUGAAUCUAAUUUACAGUACACAUAGAGCAGAUAUCUUGUUUAUACACUUUUUGACCUUCAUUUGCAGGAUAUAAUUCCCCAACAGCUUUUGACUUAAAACAGUUCAUUUGUAAUAGCUGAAAAUGUUUUGCACUUUGGAGCCUGAACCUUUAUGCAUCAAUAUAAAGAAUUGGCAGAAAGGUAUGCCUGGCACGAAGGAGGUGAAUAUACUACAGAACUGAGCCUUGCUCUUCAAAGCAUUUUCUUAGUAGAGAGAAAAAAUAUGUAUGUAUUAUAAAGUAAAGAAAAUAAAUAAUGUAGCAUUCUCAAACAUGCUUAUGCUAAAAUAAUUAACACAAUAAUAUACAUAAUGUGCAUUAAUAGGAAAGACCCUUAUUUGUACACAGUCCACUGUUUUCUCAUAAUUGUUGAAGUAUGUUAAAUAUGUACUGUAUGAAAUUCAAAUGUGUACUUGUCAUUCCAAGCUACGUUAAAAUAAGAACUCUGUGCCUCAGAAAACUAAGAGCUGACCUUCUUCCUUUGGGAAAAAUACUCCUUCAUGUUUCACUUUUUGCAUUAUUUAAUCAUGCAGCCUACUGUAAAAAAAAUUAUGCUUAUUUUUUGGAUUUAUACUCAGUGCUUUCUUUUUCCUUUGAAUUAAUGGAUUUUAUGUCAGUUAAAAGUAUCUCAGUCUAGUUUUUUCCAAGAAGAAAGGCAAUACACAUAAUCAAUGAUGAUAAAAGCAAUAAAAAUGCUUUAUCAGUGUCUUGUCUCCUUUCUCCACACUUAGCUUCUCUUUGUUGAUAGUAACAUACUUUUAUAUGCAUAAGUGUUCUUCAGUCUGCCACAAAUUAUUGGUUCAGGAAUAACGCCAUUUGAAACUCUGGUUUAGGAAUCUUUUAAUAGGUGACAAUGGUACUGAGUUUUAUCAACAGACAAGUGAUCGGUUUAUAGGUGGAUAAGAAAAAAGGUCUUUCCUUGUUCAUUCAUUUGGUUUCUAAGAGGUACAAUAAAAGAAAAAUGCCUUCUACAGCUUUGCUCACUCAUUCACUUUCUUAGCAACACCUGUAUGCAAAUGGAUAGUGGACGUCUGUUCAACUUUCAGGUUGUUGCCAGUGUCGAUUUCUCUGUAUAGAUGCAGGUUUUCCUCGGGAUUUCAAUGGGGUCAACCCAUGCUUAGCUAGCAUACAGUAUGUUAAUCAGCAAGGGUCCAGUCACCAUCUGAUAUGUUUUAAUGCUUCCUCUUCUUUAUCAUGCAAUUUUAUUUGAUUUUCCAGUUCCAUGUGACAGUAUUGGCACCCAAACUUGUAUGCCUCUUUUAGUUUAGAGAAUGGGAGAUCCAUUGAUUGCUGAUCCCCCUUGCUUAAAGCACAGAUUUUAGAUUUAAGGCAAAAUUUUAAAGCAUCUCGUUUGAUAGGGAGUGAUGUAAAUGGAGAAUAUUGCUGCAUUUAUUAAUUCAUGUCUCAGCUUACUAGCAGCAAAACAUAUAGCUGAAACAGGAAUGUCUAACAUGGGUGAAGUUUUGGAGAGGGAUAAAUGGGUUCAGGUUCUGUAACUGUAAAUGUCAUUCUUUUACUUGUAAAGUAAAAUGUUUUCUUCUCAGGAUUUUAGUUAAUGAUCAGUGAGGCCAUGGUAUAGUCCAGCACCUGCUGUUUAUUCUGCCUAGUCCGGAAGGUGAUGUGAACACUAGAAUAGGACACCAUUUAUACCUAAUCUGUUUUGACAUUGUUUUGUGUAUUGCUCAUUUUUUUCAAUAACUGACUGUUUUAAAAUAUCUUUGGUCUGAUUUAAAAAAAACACACCAAAAAAAUGUAAAUGUAAACAGCAGCUAGAUAAAACUUGCUUUCUACUUUUAUUAAAGUUAAUUAAAAAUUUCAGUGCCAGACUUCAGCUGCAUUUUUUUGAAUUUUGAAAAACUAGAAAAAAAUUAGAAAAGAGGGUCUGCUAAUCCACUGGCCCACUAAACUUAAAGAUAAUCUUAUUAAAAAAUAAAAUUUGAAUUGGUAUAAUGGGACGAGGAAUAACUCAGAUAAUUAACUUACUUAUUCAUUAGCAGAAAAAAUGACUUCUAGCUAAGAGAGUAAUGUGAACUUUACUGCUGCAGACAUAGCAGGUUUCAAGAGUUCAGUCUGAAGUGUCUGCAUCUACAGGUGGGUUAUCACAGCAGAGUUUUGCCAGACUGUGGUUCAGCAGCUUUUUUUUACUGCAGGUAAUCUUUUAAUUAGAAACUGAUUCCUGUUUUUUCUUACAGCUUCGGGAGCAUCAGAUUGAUUUUGUUGCCUCAUUGUUCCUCUGGUCCCAAAGACAUACAGUCUCUUUUAUAUUAACUAGCAUCUUGAUGGUAGUGUGGGCAGUUCCUGUUUUUACCUUCUAGGAUAUACGUAGACAGGCCCAGAGACCGUGAAGGCUUAAAAAAAUAGCUGAGCUGGUGACUUCUGCUUCUAUGAUUUCAUAAAAUUGGCAGAUGUACCAAAAUUUACACUUUUGGUGCUUCUCUUAUUUGCAAAAGAUGACUUUUGUACAAUAGAAAUGGUGUGUUUCUAACCUUUUUUUUAUUUUGUCAGGAUGAAAAUAACCUUUAACUAUUUGCCCUAGUGUAUGUAUGUGCGUGUGUGUUUGCACUUUGUUAGACUGAUGCCCGGUUCAGGGAUUGCUCCUGACUUGAGCCCUGUCCUUGCUCAGAUAGGCUCCAGCUUCCCCACAACCUCUGUUUAAGGAAAAAGUGGGCUUCAAAGUUGGAUUCAUUAAUGGAUGGAUAUUUUUUACAUUUGCAAAUGAACAUGAAUGCAUUGCUUCACUAAUUGCAAAGUCAUUUUCUAGCCUGAUCCUUUA